AUGGGGUGCAAGCCAUCAGAUAAGCCGAAGGCAAAGCACAGAAAGGGAUUGUGGUCACCGGAAGAAGACCUAAGGCUUCGAAACUACAUCCUCAAACACGGCCACGCCUGCUGGAGCUCCGUCCCGAUAAACGCGGACUUGCAGAGGAAUGGAAAAAGCUGCAGAUUAAGGUGGAUAAAUUACCUAAGGCCAGGGUUAAAGAGAGGGACAUUUAGCAAACAAGAGGAGGAGACAAUCCUGACCCUUCAUCACAUGUUAGGCAACAAGUGGUCUCAAAUUGCACAGCAUUUGCCAGGAAGGACAGACAAUGAGAUAAAAAACUAUUGGCAUUCUUAUUUGAAGAAGAAAGUGGCCAAAGCUGAAGAAACAAUGGAAGGUCAAAGAAAAUCCCAGUACACAAGCACUUCAAGCUCAGAAAUCUUGGAGUGUUCCCCAUCUCCCCAAAAGUCAACAACCGGCAUCAAUCCCAGUUAUGAAUCAGUGCAAAAAUCGCCGCCAUUCGAUGACUUGUCCAAAGAUCAGAGCUGUCAUUUAAGCCCUUUACCAAAGAUUAUGUUUGCUGAGUGGCUCUCCUUGGACCAUGUUCAUGGCGGGAGCUUUGCAAACAACAUCAGUGAUACCGGGGUUUCGAGGGAAGGAUUUGACCAUAGUACUACUUCAAAUAACCUGCAAGCAGAUCAUGAUCUAGGACAUGGUUUUGAGUUGAACAAUGAGGGAACAUUUGGCAGUGGUUUUCAUCAUGGGAUAAGCCAUCAUCAUGGUUCGGGUUCGGAAAUGAUCAAUUCGCAGUAUAAGUUUGAGGAACAGAUUUCAGGACCAGGGUUUGCUGAUUUUGUAGAUUUGUGUCGUGAUUUCAACUUGCAGAAUGAUGCAAUGUAUUUUUAUAAAUAA